GGUAUAUGACGUCUUGAUGUGAAAUAUGUUAAAUUUACUUUACAUUUCCUUUAUAUGUCUGUCCUGCUUCUAUUUCAACAGAUGUACUGUACAUGAAGCGGGUUGAAAUCUAUCUUAUUUUUUAUCAUGUAUGAUGUAUAUGAAAUGAACUUUUGACCUACUUGUUCUGUCUUUACUUCACUGUACAAAGCCAACGCAUAUCGAUCGUCUGCUAAUAAACCCUUCAAGCGAUCAGCUGUUCAUUCUAUUUUUAACUAGGAAAAUGUGAACCAACGAACGAAAAAUAAAAUUCAACCAACCAAAACAUUUAGACAAAAUAAAAUGAUAGCCUUGAUAAAAAUAUGGUGAAUAGAGGGUAUUAUAAUGUUAACAAUAUACAGGUCAUUGAUUUCUGUACUGCACUGCCGUGCUCCAAAUACCCGUCCUUGAACCUCCUAAUUGUUAUGCAUAUAAUUAACUUGACCGCGCAGUCUCCACAACUGGCUAAUAAACGGAUAUAUAUUUACGGGAAGCGCGAUGAUUUCACUGUGGAUUUCUCCAAACAGACGACAACUCUGAACUUGCACUGUAUUAGGUACUCAGCAUUGAUUAAGGAUCUUGAAAGAUCCCUAUACUGUACGCGCUUUGUUUGUGUCCAACACAGUGAAAACCAUGGAAAACGGCUUCACGGGCAUAACAACAGAGGCUAACGAAGAAACCAAGGAAAUGUUGUCGCCUGAAAAAGAAACUGGCACUCCUUUACCAGACGAGAGCGGUAUUCCUGAUAGUAUGAACGACCCUUCCUACACUGAUUCAGUCAGUAGCACAAAUAGCCGCACGGCGCUCCUACAAAACGACAAUUCUAAAGAUGACAAUGGCAUAAACAAAUCUUUUCCUGAGAACGAACCAUCAUCCAAUCACAGCUCAUUUUGGGACAUAAGCGAUUUCGGUCACGAAAUUUCAGGGAAAAUUUCGAUGAGAGAAAAGAGACGUGAGAAAGAAAAGGGACAUGGUCUUUUAGAGAGUAUAGCUUAUAUAGAUCCUUUAGUUCCGCCAUCCCCUGACGUCAACAGACUCCGAAGUAUAUGUCGAAAUGCAGUGCAGUCGCUCAGUCAGGAGGUGGUGUACAGAUCAAUGUCUGUUCUUGCUGUUAACGAAAAAGAACAGAAUAAUUUUGGCGAGAAAGGAACAGUAGAAGCAGUCGAAAUAGAGGUAGAAGAAAUCGGAUUUAUCAACAAUCACCUCAGAAAUCUGAUUUUUCUAAGCAUUGGUAUAUCUCUUGUCAGCACUGCCACUGGUUCUCUCCGAAAUCUUUUGAGCAGCAUGCACCACGAAAGUGGUAUUGGGGUGUACUCUCUAGCUGCAAGCUAUGGAGCAUUUACUUUCUUUAGUCUAAUUUCUCCAUUUGUCGUUCAGAGAUUCCGUCCUAAAAUAUCUCUUGUUGCAGGAAUAUUUACACAGCUCAUAUAUGUCACUGCAAAUUUACUUCCAACCUUUUAUAUAUUUAUACCUGCAUCCUUCCUUCAAGGAAUGGGAAGCAGUCUAUUGUGGAAUGCAAUGAGUACAUACACGAGUUACCUUGCAAGAGCGUCAGCAAUCAAAAACGGAAAGAAAACGGAGGACGUGGCCAGCAAAUAUUUUGGAAUUUUUUUCUUUUUCCACCAAUUUUCGUUCGUUGUUGGAAACCUGAUCUCCUCGAUUGUCCUGCUCUUUGGUCCUGGAAGUCAGGAACAAACUAGCACCAUAACUACUCGAAACAUCCUCAACAUAUCUUCAUUCAAUGAAUCUCAGCAUGACUUAAACAUGCUCCACCAAAACACUGUAAAUAUAUGCGGGUCAAAGUUCUGUAGCCAUUAUAAAAUGGAAAACGCCAACAUGAACGUUACUGAAGAAACAACUGGUACCUUACUCGGGGUGUACGGGAUGUGUGUCGUUGUUGCACUUGUUGUUUCCCAUGUGUUGCUAGACCCCAUUGUAACUUACCAAACCUCAGGGUUCCAUUGUCAUCAAAUGUUCAAUCAAGUCAGGUCCGUCUUGAAAUGCAUUAUCGACAGAAAAUUCCUCCUCAUUAUACCUAUGUUGAUGUAUAGUAUGAUGCAACUAGGGUUCGCAGCAGCAGAGAUGACAAAGGCGUUUGUGUCUUGUUCACUUGGAAUCCACAUGGUCGGCUACACAAUGAUAGCAUAUGGUGUAUUUGGAGGCUUCAGUUCUUGGAUUAGUGGUAUCCUGUGUGAAUAUGUCGGAAGAGUUUCGCUUAUUUCAUCAGCCGCCUGUUUGAACCUAGCUCUUCUGCUCUUUAUGGUUGUGUGGGAGCCGAAUCCAGAAUAUCCAGUCAUAUUUAUCACCCUUUUAGGAGUGUGGGGUGUGGGUGAUGGAAUAUGGAUGUCACAAGUUAACAGUAUUGUAAGUGCCCUUUUUCCUGACAAACUCGAGGAUGCAUUCGCUAGUCUGCGAGUUCUACAGGGUUUGGGAGCCACUCUUUUGUUCUGCUAUUCGAACAGCCUGUGUGUUCUGGAGAAAAUGUACAUUCUCGCAGCUGUAUGCAUCAUCGGUACAGCUCUGUAUAUUGGUGUCGAGAUUACUGAGAAGAAAAAAAUGACUAAAAAUGAAAAGACCGAUACGCCUUAAACAAAAUUCCUUCCAUAAGCGAGUAAAGAUAACGCAAUUCACAUGUUUAUCAAAGCUUUAACGUCAGCAUUUUGGGGUUGCAUUUUAUUAAUAUGAAACAAAUGAGGAAAUUUAAGCAUUUUGCAUACUAAACUAUUAUAUUGUACAUAUAAGAUCAAACGCCAUGUUGUAGCAUUAACGUGCAUAUUUAUAUGUCUCAGUGUGUUCAAUGUUUUCACUAUCUCACAGAACCAUGCAUUGCAUAGUUGGUUCCAUAUCAUUGUUUUGCUGAUCAUGAAAGCAGAACCUUAAGUUUAAUUUUUUUGCUAUAGAGUGAUUGUCUUAUUUCACUGGCAAAAUUAACUUCAAUCUCUGCAUUUAUCAAUGAGAGGUUUCGAAGUACUACAUGUAGAAUAUUAUUUCUACGCGAGUGUUUUCGUUGAAUAUUUUUGGCAGGAUACUUUGCAAUUAUGUUUAUUCAAACAAUCAGGAGGUUUUUUUUCUUUGAAAAAUUUAACUAAAUUACAAAAUUAAAAAAAAAAUGUAAUAUAAUAUUAUGAAAGCUUACGGUUAGAAACUUUCCAUUGAUUUAAGAUUUGUCUUUAAAGAUAUAUCAAUUAUUUCAAGUAAUCUUGUGCCAGAAAUGUUCAAUAGGGCAUUACUAUGUAAUGUUAUUUCAGCAUAUCCAUUUCUGUGAAAUAUAGAAUAUGAGAAAGGAAAAGAAUGCUGACACGCAUUAUUGGCUUCUUUAAUUAGCUUGAACAAACGAAUUGCAGCAUUUGACAGUUGUAAUUGCUCGCAGGCUUUUUAUCUAUCAUACUGAUAUAAUGUAGAAAGAGUGUCAAAUUAUGUGCAUUUUAUUUUUAUACCAGUUUCAUGACCUGUAAAUAUUAUCAUUAAAUGCAUUCAUCUCGGAAAAAAUAAAAAAAUGUACCUGCACGUGA